ACGUUGCUGGCGCCGGGCGUGAGGGGCCCCCCUUGUGACUCGGAGCCGCGGAGCUGCCAGUCGUCGGAAAGCGGGGGCGGCCCCGGGGGUCGGUAGGAAGGUGGACGUCCCUUGCGGCUCAGAGGUGCAGACGGUCCGGGAGCAAAGGCUCGACUGAGGGGAAGGAGCCGCCAAGACGCUCUAGUGAGGCGCCUAGAGCGGAGGGGCUUGCACCCAGGAUGCAGAUGGCUUCGUGGGUUGGUCGGUAGCGAUGGGCGCCAGGAGAUUCCGGAGGGGAACCUUAAAGGCGAAGAGAUGAGCAUGUGGGGAGACCGUGGUGAUGAGCGUGGUGGAGGGUCCUAGAGGCGAAGUGGCGGAGAGGGAAGCUGCAAAGGGAUCGUAGAGGUAGGGAAGCCAUAUAGAGGGACCUAGACGUGCCAGAAGCGGUCUUGGGGUGGCCCAGACCAGCUAGAAAGGUUGCACGUGGGAACCCAUCCAGAGGACCCUAGGGAGACCGGCCUUGUGAAAGGUCCACGCUUUGACAACCUUUGGCAGUUCUCCGCACCAUGUGGCGACAUGAGCCCGCAUCCCCUCUGAGCAACCAAGGCCAGACGUGGAAGGCCCGAGUGGGGCGCAUCGGUGUGAAGUAUGAUGCAGAGGGCUGAAGAGUGUCUCGAGGGAAGUUUGAGCUGGACCAAGUUGGAGAAUCGGAAGAAGCCAACUGCUGGGAGCUCUGCAGAGUGCUUGUAGGGGGGCGCUCCCCAGCCUGGCCAAGUGGAGGUAGCCGAACCCGGCCCCUCAGGCUUUUCAAGCGGGCACCCCCACCUUCUGACCAAGAAUGUGGGUCCUCCUCCGAGGUGGAUACCCCCUCCGGACCCUGCUGCCCCUGCGUGGGGAGUGGAUGGGUCGCAGGGGCCUGCCCCGAAGCUUGGUCCCAGGAUCUCCUCGCCGAAGGUACAGGAAAGAGGCUCUUCCAUCCCUAGAUGCCCCACUGUUGCCUGUAACUGUGACUGAGAUCCGCCAGUAUUUGCGGACCCAUGGGAUCCCCUUCCAGGAUGGUCACAGCUGCCUGCGGGCACCCAGCCCCUUUGCAGCACCCUCAAGGCACAAGGACCAGGCAGGUGUCGGCCCUUCCUUGGGCCUCUUCAUUGACAAGACCACAGGCCGCUUCCUCUGCAUGGCCAGCCUGGCGGAGGGCAGUUGGGAAGACUUCCAAGCCAGUGUGGAAGGGCGAGGAGAUGCAACGAAGGAGGGGCUCCUGCUUAGUGAGGCCCCCGAAGCCGUGGACAGUGAGGAGGUCCGGAGAAUCUGGGACCGAGCCAUACCUCUCUGGGAACUGCCUGACCCAGAGGAAGCCCAGCUGGCUCGCUUGAUGUUUGGCUUCACCAAGGUGACAGACGACACACUGAAGCGUUUUGGUGUGCGGUAUCUACGGUCUGCCCGCAGUUUGGUCUUUCCUUGGUUCUUCCCGGGAAGCCUGGGAUUACGAGGCCUGAAGCUUGUAGGGGCUGAGGGCCAGGGGGAUGAAGUGCGCUAUGUGGAGACUACCUUUCCCCGGCCUGGGGCCUACCACAAUCUGUUUGGGCUCCCGCUCAUCACUCGCCGAGAUGUCGAGGUGAUCCUGACUAGCCGUGAGCUGGACAGCCUGGCUUUGCACCAAUCCACGGGGCUGCCCACCCUUGCCCUACCCAGGGGAACGACCUGCUUACCCCCUGCCUUACUCCCUUACCUUGAACAGUUCAGGCGGAUCGUGCUCUGGCUGGGCGAUGACCUCCGGUCCUGGGAAGCUGCCAAGCUGUUUGCCCGAAAACUGAACCCUAAGCGAUGCUCUAUGGUGCGGCCAGGGGAACAGCAGCCCCGUCCCCUGGAGGCCCUGAACCGGGCCUUAAAUCUCUCCCGUAUCCUGCGCACUGCCCUGCCUGCCUGGCACAAGUCUAUUGUGUCCUUCCGGCAGCUUCGGGAGGAGGUGCUAGGAGAACUUUCCAACGUGGAACAAGUGGCUGGCGUCCGCUGGAGCCGCUUUCCGGACCUCAAUCGUCUCUUGAAAGGACAUCGGAAGGGGGAGCUGACAGUCUUCACAGGGCCAACGGGCAGUGGGAAGACCACGUUCAUCAGUGAGUACGCCCUGGAUCUGUGUACCCAGGGGGUGAACACACUCUGGGGGAGCUUUGAGAUCAGCAACGUGAGACUCGCCCGGGUCAUGCUGACACAGUUUGCAGUGGGGCGGCUGGAAGAGCAGCUGGACAAAUACGACGAAUGGGCCGACCGCUUUGAGGACCUGCCCCUUUACUUCAUGACUUUCCACGGGCAGCAAAGCAUCAGGACUGUAAUAGAUACGAUGCAGCAUGCCGUCUACGUCUAUGACAUUUGUCACGUGGUUAUUGACAAUCUGCAGUUCAUGAUGGGACACGAGCAACUGUCCACAGACAGGAUUGCAGCUCAAGACUCCAUCGUUGGGGCCUUUCGGAAGUUUGCUACAGACAAUAGCUGCCAUGUGACACUGGUCAUUCACCCCCGGAAAGAGGAGGAUGACAAGGAACUGCAGACUGCGUCCAUUUUUGGAUCAGCCAAAGCAAGCCAAGAAGCCGACAAUGUUCUGAUCCUGCAGGACAGGAAGCUGGUAACUGGGCCAGGGAAACGGUACCUGCAGGUGUCCAAAAACCGCUUUGAUGGAGAUGUCGGUAUCUUCCCACUGGAAUUCAACAAGAGCUCCCUCACCUUCUCCAUCCCACCAAAGAGCAAGGCCCGGCUCAAAAAGAUCAAGGAUGACAAUGGACUCGUGGCCAAAAAGCCCUCUUCUGGCAAAAAAGGGGCUGUCUCCCAGCACUCUGAGCCGGGCUCAGGCCAGGCCCCCAACUCCUAGCAGCCAGGCACCUGCCAGCCUUCGGGGUAGAGGUGCAGGCUGGACAUAAAAGUGCGCCUAAGGGACAGGCUGAGGCAGCGACUCGUGCCUGGUCUUCAGCUGUGGGCCCUUCUCUGUCUGAGGGACAGUGUCUCAAGCAGUGUUUGCACAGUGAGAGAAUUCCGUCAGCAGAUCCCUGAGAACGUACACCCUACCAGGCUUUGUUCAAGGCCCUUCAGGUAGGGCCUCUAGGAAACCUGCCUCU